UAUAUCAAAACAGAAAAACAAGAUGGCUCAGUCGCUUUCUGACGAGGAAUUUAAUCGUAUGCAAGCUCAGCUUUUGGAGUUGAGGACCACCAAUUAUCAACAAAGUGAUCAAAUUAGAAAGUAUGAAAAUGAAUUGUCAACUCUUCAAAGCAGAUCUUCUUCCCUAGAAAAAGACCUUCAGAAGGCUAACAAGAUCAUCUCCAAAAGCAAGAAAGCAAAGGAGGUGGAAGUAUUAAUCAUUGAGAAUGAGAGCCUACAGAGGAAGUUGCAGAGUCAGGAAGAGGACUUUCGUCUUCAGAAUUCUACCCUAAUGCAAGAACUAUCUAAGCUAUGUACAAGUAAUGAAGAAUUAGAGAAUGAGGUUAAAGGGCUGCGACAGGGUAAGCCAACAUCCCAGACCGGUACCACAGAGUCAUCUGAACUUGCUGAUGAGGUGCGACGGCUCCAGGCCCAUAAUGUUGCAUUACAGAAAAAUUUAACAGGUACUGUUGAAAAAUAUGAGGAAGAAAUUUCAGUCCUGAAGCAAAAUACAAUAUCUUUAAGUCUAGCAAACCAAGAGCUGGAGAAGAAGUAUUCAUUGCUAUUAGGGGACCGACCAACUCCGACAGGCUCAUCAGGGGAUGGUGAACAGAGCACAUCACUGGAUAGUAUAAAAAAGGAUAUCUCACCACUGGAAGCAGAAAUUGAUAAACUCUUUGAAGCUGAGCUUAACACUUUCCUUGAUGACUUGAAAUUAUCAUUAGUGACUGAUGACUUCUCUGAAGAUGUAAUUCCUAAAGAUCCUAUUGUGAUGUUUAGUGAACAUUGUAAAACAGUCAAAUCCAGGAUGACCUCUACACUCAUCAGAAACUUGGAUUCAUUGCUAACAUUAGUAGAUAAAGAUGAUACAGCUCGAAGCAGGACUGGAUCUGUUAUAGAAGAAGAUACUGAGACUGGCUUGAAAGUUGAAACACAAAAGAAAAAAAUAACAGAGUUACAACUAAAAUUAGAUACAGAAGCAGAAGAAAAUAGAUUACUCAAGGAACAACUGCAAAAAUUACAGAAUUCACACAAAUCAGAAUCAACAAGUAAAUCAGAUGAGGUUGCUAAGUUGUCUGAGAAAGUAAAGAAAAAACAAGAAAGUAUUGUUCAACUUCAAAAUGAAAAAGAAGAUUUAUAUAAUGACAUGAGAAAAAAAUUAGAAGAUUUACAAAAUUCCAAAGAGAAAGAUGUCACAGAUUUGAUGGAGCAGAAGGGUAGAAUACAGAGCCAACUUGCCAAGUCAGAUAAGACGCUGACUGAAUACCAAGCAAAAAUCCAAGUUUUGGAAAACACUGUCGCCACGUUAAACGAUCAGGUAGUUGCACAGGGGUCACUCAGCGUGGGUAGGAUGGAGCAACUUCAAAGUGAAAACAACAAUCUUGUAGCAGAAUUGCAAUCCAGCCAACAGCUUCAAAAUUCAUCACAAGAGGAAGUAAAUAAAUUAAAGGCAAUAAAUGGUUCCUUAAAAAAUCAACUAGAGACUCAACAAGAAAAUAACAGUAAGAUUACCACAGAGAAAGAAGAGCUACAGGGUCAAAUGUCAGAGGUUUUAGGUACAAAUUCCAGACUCAGUGAGGAGAUUAAAGGAAUUCAGAAUGAUAGGGACAACCUACACAAAGACUUGCAAGAGUCUAAUAAGAUUGCCGAAAAAAGGAAGAGCAUGUUAGAUGACUUAGCAAUUCAAAUGCAGACAAUUAAACAACAAAACACUAAAGAAAUUGAAGCUUUAACUAUAAAGUACAAGGAUGAAUUUGAUGACCUCACAAAGACACAUGAGGAAGAAAUGAAUAAAUUGCAAGAACAGCUAACACAGGAACAGGAAAGAAGAGCGGCACUUGAGCCACUGAGAGAUGAAGUUACUAAACUCAAUGAAGAAGUUCAAUCAUUAACAAGCUCUAAGGGAUGGUUUGAAAGAAGGCUUCAAGAAACUGAGGAAGAGUUGAAGAAGGUAAUUGAGUCACAUGAGCAAGAAAUUGUUGAUUUGAACAAAAAGAUGGAAGACCAAGAUAUUGAGUUCAAGGAAGAAUUGAACAAAGAAAAAAUAGUUUUGCAAGAAUCUGAAGAAAAAUGUGGAGAGAUACAGAAGAAAAUAGAGGAAUUAAAACAGCAUGCCAUUGACAGCAUUGAGGAAAGAAAGAUCAGCGAAAAAAAGGGCAUUGCAACGGUUAAAGAUUUAAAACGUCAGUUGAAAAUGGAGAGGAAGCGCGCAGAGAAGCUGCAAGAGAGGUUGCAGCAGGUUCUUGCAGAUGCCUCACCCUCCCGUCUAGGCUUGGAUGACCUCUUGCAAAUCCCGGAUUAUGAGAGUCGACAGAAGUUUGACAACAGUAGCGUGUCAUCAUGGAGUCAGAGUGGCGCUGGAACAAGCUUUGAUGCUACUCAGUCACCUGAUGUUUCAGUUGUAGCAGGUUCACUGAGUGAUGAAACUACAGAAUUGAUUGCUAGGAUUACAGAGUUACAACAAUGUAACUGGACACUUGAGGAAAAGGUUCGGCAUUUGGAAGAGAGUAAUGCUGCAAUGGCCGAUGACUUGUUAAAGAAAACUGCAAUAAUUGGAACACACGUGAUGGAGAGACGCACCAUAGAUCCGUCAAAAACUGUUACACCUGAAAAGAAGAUGCCGUUGAGGAAGAUGAUGAAUUUUGUUAAAGGUGUUGAAGAAGGUGAUAACAUGAAGGAGAUGAACCAUAAAUUGCAGAUCAUGUUGGAAGAAACACUCACAAAAAAUAUGCACUUGCAAGAGAAUUUAGAAAUGUUGUCAACAGAAGUCUCCCGUCUUAGCCAAUCAAACCCAAGUAGUCAAUCACAAAAAUCAGCCAAUGGAAUGCCAUGAGGUAACGUUGCCUAGGUGAUGUAUUUUUCACAUUUUAUUCCGGCCUGUCCCAGUAUGUUCUUCCAAUGUAAAAAUUGUCAAUAGAUAAGAUGAAAGAAAGCAUAACAUUACAGUAAAUACUGUGUCUAUAUUUAUCUAUGGUUUUAGUUAUAGUGGUUUUGAAAUGCGUAAUGUGUAGGGUUUCAACACGUUGAGAAAGUCUAAAUUGUGGAAUACAUAAUAAUGCGAAAGUAAUACAUUAGGAAAAAUAUGAUAUUUAAUGGAAUAACUAUAUUUAGUGGGAAAUAUAUUCUAGUACAGUAGCCAGUGUUUAACCUUUGGUAAUCGGGCAAUAGCACCAACGACAGAACCCACAUUAUACAACACCUAUGUCACAAUGGUAUCGCCCAUGUUCUGAUCCUUUUUGUUCUGGCGUCUUGGCCUUGAUAACUUUUGUCCUACAACCUCACUUUUUAUAUGUUUAUGUAAUUAAUGAUUAUAAGAAAUCAGUUAUAUACUUAAUUGUAAAUAGCUAUAGAAAAGUUAAGCAAUAUUAUAAUGAUAUAAUUAUGAUUAUGUCCGUGUUUUAUUAUCUGGAUGUAUGUUAUCCCACCAUUACCUCAGUUAUAUUGAUGAUAAUGAAUAUUAUACAUUCACUAAGGUCUGUUACAAUAAAGAAAAUACCACAGUUUUAUAGAGGAAUUCCAGUCCAUUGUUU